AUGGACACCAUAAGGGAGAAGUGGCAAAUCCCUAUAGAGGGCAGGCCUAUGUAUAUUUGCUGGAGGAAACUCAUAUGUUUGCAAAGGAUCACGACUUCACUCAAUAGAGUCCCUACUGAUGGAGUUAAGAGAAUUCAACAUAGUAGAGAUAAUCUGGAGAAAGUUCAAACUAUGCUGGAGAAAGAUAAAUUCAAUACUGAUCUUAUUGAACAAGCUAAGUACUGGACUGAUAAGAUUAUCAAAGGGACUGAUAUUGAGGAGAAAAUUCUCAGCCAAAAAGCUAAGGUGGAUUGGCUGCAGUUAGGAGAUGGUAACAACAGGUACUUCCAUGCUAUUGUGAAUCAAAAGAAUAAACAGAAGAGUCUGCUUGGUCUGGAAGAUCAGAAUGGAAAACUUUUAACUGAGUUUCAAGACUUGGAGGAGGAGAUCCUGAAUUUCUAUAGCAACCUGGUGGGUACUGCUUCAGACAACCUGGAUCAUGUGGAUAUCAUGACUCUGAGGAAUGGAACUCAAUUGAGGGAAGAACAAAGAGUGGAGUUAGAGCAACCUAUCACUGAGAAUGAAAUUACUAAUGCCUUAAAAAGAAUUGGGGAUAACAAAGCUCCAGGAAUUGAUGGAUACAAUGCUAAGUUCUAUAAGGCUAGUUGGCAUGUAAUUAAGAAGGAGGUUAUAAAUGCAACAAAGGAGAAAUCAUGA